GCAGUGUCAGUCAGUGAGUGACGCGACGCACUUGCCCGUACACUGCCAAUCCGCCUGAGAUAUUUUUCUCUCUCUUUGGGGUGAGGGCGUGAGGGAGAGGGAGGCUGAGAGAGAAUGCUGCUGCGGAGCGCGUCCUCGCCGCUGCUCAACGCGGCGCGUGUGCCGACGGCCGCGGCGGUGGAGCAUGUAGUGGGCCACGGCCACCUCGCGCUCGCGGUGGCAUCGCCGGCGGGGCAUCACGGGCCGAGGCAGCAGGGGGCGCUCUGCCGCGCAUUGUCCGAGGCCGAUCUGCUGGCGCCGGUGCAGCUCCCGGCCGCCUCCGCCUUCCUCGAGGAGUUGGACGAGGAGGAGGACGAGGACGUGGUCGCGGUCGGGGUGGCGGCCGUGCCGCUGCGCCGGCUGCUGACCAGCACGGGGCUGGACGCAGCGGGGGAGGAACAGGAGGACGGCGCCGGCGGAGCCCUGGCGCUCCUCGAGGGCGUCGGGGGAGGCGGCGGGCGCGGGAGGGUGUGCGGCGGCUGGCAGGGCGGCCGCGGAGGGGACGGCGACGGCGACGGCCAUGACCGCGGCGCCACCGACGCGCGCUACCGGCGGAUGAUCAGGGCCAACCCGGGCAACUCGCUGCCGCUGGGGAACUACGCCAGGUUUCUCAAGGAGGUGCAGGGGGACGCGGCGAGGGCGCAGGAGUACUGCGAGCGCGCCAUCGUCGCCAACCCCGGCGACGGCGACGCCCUGGCGAUGUACGCGGGCCUCGUCUGGGAGACCAGCCGCGACGCCGAGCGCGCCGACGCUUACUACAGCCGCGCCGUCCAGGCCGCGCCCGACGACAGCUAUGUCCUGGGAUCCUACGCCGGGUUCCUGUGGGACGCCGAGGAGGAAGACGAUCUCGACGACGGACAGACUACGGCAGCGACGCCGCCGUUCUUUGGGGCAGCUCAGCCACCCUCCAUCAGAGCGGCAUCUUAGACGAAGAACCAACCUCGCUACCAGUAAACAAACUGCAUCUGGAACUCUGGAAAGUAUGAGCGACAUCCUGGCCUCCGAGGGAAGCCGCCGCCGUCACCGGCCCGGUCGCGGCAGACCGUAGUAGACUGAAUAAACCAAGUCCGGCUACCUGUGUGAAAAAUGAAUCUGGAAAGAGCACUACAACUCUAAGCUUUGCAGGAUCUGCAGCACUGUAGGAUAAAUAUCUAGCCGAGCCUAACAAGGUUUUGCUGUGCUUGUACAUGUAGAAUGUUCCUGCGGUCCUGCUAAAAAUCAGUCGACUGAGAUUUAAGUCUCAGUCGACCAUGCAACAUUUUAUGCCAUCGUUUGCAACAUUUAUUCCUACCGGUUGUAA